CGCAAAGUAGUUCCAGUUAACCACCGCGCGCGGCAGGCUCCAGCCAGCCGUCCGAUCCAGAUUCCGACGCUCCUCCUCCAGUCUCGCCGUCGCCGUCGCCGUCUACUCCUCCACCACCACGACCGCCUCUAUCCCUUUCCGGCUUUCCCUAUCCCACUAUCUCUAUCCCUAUCCCGGUCGCCGCGCUUUCUCUUCCCCUCAUAGACACCUAGCUACUGCCCCGCUUCCAUGGCUGCCGACGGCGACGCCACCGCCCCCGCCAAGCCGCUCCUCUCCCCGCGCUCCACCUCUCCCGCCCCCGCCGCAUCCGCGGCGGCGCCGCAGGAGACCCUCGAGGAGCUGGACCGGAGGUACGCGCCGUACGCGCGGCGGGACGCCUACGGGCCGAUGGGCCGCGGGCCCCUGGGGCCGGCGGAGGCGGCGCGCCUGGCCGUCGCCGCGGCCCUGCUCCUCCCGCUCCGGGUCGUGGCGGCCCUGCUCCUGCUCGUCGCCUACUACCUCGUCUGCCGCGUGUGCACGCUCGGGGUGGAGGAGGAGCGCCAGGGGGCCGAGGGCCCGGGGGACGGCUACGCGCGCCUCCGGGGAUGGAGGCGGGACGCCGUCGUGCGCUGCGGCCGCAACCUCGCGCGCGCCAUGCUCUUCGUCUUCGGCUUCUACCGGAUCCGCGAGGACCACCGCCGCGCCGCAGCUGCCCAGGAUGAGGACCUGGGCAAGUCUGAAUAUUUGGGAAGACCAGGGGCAAUUGUAUCUAAUCAUGUAUCACAUUUGGAUAUUCUGUAUCACAUGUCAUCUUCCCUUCCAAGUUUUGUUGCUAAGAGAUCAGUGGCCAGAUUGCCCCUAGUUGGUCUCAUAAGCAAAUGCAUGGGUUGUAUUUUUGUUCAGCGAGAGUCUAAAGCUUCGGAUUUCAAAGGUGUUUCAGGUGCUGUAACUGAAAGAAUCCAGCGAGCUCAUAGACAGAAAGACUCUCCAAUGAUGCUACUCUUUCCUGAGGGUACAACUACAAAUGGGGACUAUCUCCUUCCGUUCAAGACAGGAGCCUUUCUUGCAAAAGCACCAGUACGGCCAGUCAUUUUAAGAUACCCAUACAAGAGAUUUAGUCCAGCAUGGGACUCCAUGGAUGGGGCACGCCAUAUAUUGCUUCUCCUUUGUCAGUUUGCAAACUAUCUAGAGGUUGUCCAUUUGCCUGUGUACUAUCCUUCUGAGCAAGAAAAAGACGACCCAAAGCUCUAUGCAAGUAAUGUACGGAAAUUGAUGGCAGUGGAGGGAAACUUGAUUCUUUCAGAUCUUGGACUAGCGGAUAAGAGAGUGUACCAUGCAGCCCUGAAUGGCUUAUUGUGUCAAAGCUAAUUUGGAUUCAUGUGCUAUUAAUUUUCCUUGUUGCGCCUGUUCUAUUGUCGUAGAGGAACAGAAACGGGAGUUUUGUCACCAACUUUCUCAUGACGGGAGGAAUGACCACUGGCAUUUUUGCAGCAAGAAUCAGCUAGGCGUUUAAUCCAGAAGGUACUAAAACUUGGGGAUCAAGGGAGAAAUUAGCCAAUACUAUGUAGUCUCAUUCGACAUAGAAUUACAGUUCAUGUUAGUAUAUGUCUCGGCUUACCCUGAAGCAUUGCCCACUAACACGUGAUUUGUCAAUCAAAUAUGGUAGUUUUCCCUUCAUCAGUUAGACAGUUACAGAAAGUA